AUGCUGCUGGGCCCCUGGCUGCUGGCGGCGGCGGCGGCGGUGGCGGCGGCGGGCGCGGGCUGCCCGGUGCUGUGCAGCUGCCGCGGGCAGGCCGUGGACUGCAGCGGGCAGCGGCUCUUCUCCGUGCCCCCCGAGCUGCCGCUGGACACCGGCAACCUGAGCCUGGCCCACAACCGCAUCGCCAGCAUCCCGCCGGGCUACCUGGGCUGCUACGGGCAGCUGCGCGCCCUCGACCUGCGCAACAACUCUCUGGCGGCGCUGCCGGCCGGGCUGUUCCGCGGCGCCCGGCGCCUGGCGCACCUGGACCUGAGCUACAACAACUUCAGCCUGGUGCCCGCCGACAUGUUCCGCGAGGCCAGCGCGCUGCUGCGCCUCGACCUCAGCCACAACCCGGGGCUGCGCCGCGUCCACCCGCAGGCCUUCCGCGGCCUGGCCCAGCUGCGGGAGCUGGACCUCAGCUACGGCGGCCUGGCCGCCCUCAGCCUCGACGCCCUGGAGGGGCUGCCCGGCCUCGUGGGGCUGCGCCUGGGGGGCAACCCCUGGCUCUGCGGCUGCGCCAUGGAGCCGCUCCUCAAGUGGCUGCGGGGCCGCAUCCAGCGCUGCUCCUCGGAUUCGCAGCAGGCCGAGUGCUGGGCUCCCCCCGAGGUGGCGGGGGCCCCGCUGCUGUCGCUGACGGAGGAGAGCUUCCAGGCCUGCCACCUGACGCUGACCCUCGACGACUAUCUCUUCAUCGCCUUCGUCGGCUUCGUCGUCUCCAUCGCCUCGGUGGCCACCAACUUCCUGCUGGGCAUCACGGCCAACUGCUGCCACCGCUGGAGCAAGGCCAGCGAGGACGAGGACGUUUAGGGACCGCCGCUGCCACCGCCGC